GGUUAUGGGGUAUUAAAAACCUUUAUCAAGCUUCUACUGUUUCAUAUAAACUGUUGUAUACACAAACACAUAGAUCACUAGAAUAAUAAGGACUAAAAAUAGGGUUAAUAAUUAUAUUUCGAAUAAACCACUCCGUAGAAUGAGUGAUGAUGAUGAGUGCCCAGAUCUUAUUUCAGCCAAAGUACCAGUCACUAUACUGACUGGGUUCCUUGGUAGUGGGAAGACGACCUUGCUGCACUAUGUUAUCUCGGCAGAACACAACCUGCGUAUUGCUGUUAUUGUGAAUGAGUUUGAGUUUGGCAAAACAAUUGAAAAGGGCCUAUAUUUAAAAAGCUCUGAGAAAAAUGAUGACGAGUGGCUGGAACUUAAUAACGGCUGCAUGUGUUGCACCGCGCAGACUCAAACCGUUCAGGCCCUUGAAUCGUUAAUUAGCCGUAAAGGCACCUUUGACAUCAUUCUGGUUGAAACCUCCGGGCUUGCAGAUCCUAGGCCCAUUGCAUCGAUGUUCUGGCAAGAUGAUGCGCUCUGUGGACGCAUCUACCUCUCCGGGAUUGUAACUCUUGUGGACUCCGUCAACAUUAUGAAAUACCUGGCAGACAGCGACAUAUCGAACACUGCGUCUUGUCAGCUGUUGUUGGCGGACAAGAUCAUUUUAAACAAGUGCGAUAUCGCCACACCAACGCAACAAGAAGCUGCGCUUAGUCAGAUACGCGCUAUAAAUCCCAUCGCGGAGGUAAUCCAAAGCCAAUACUCUCAAAUACCAGACCUCCACCAUAUUCUCUUUAUUGACACCACCCGCUCACUGAAAGAGCUGGAGUGCCUUCACAUCGAACACCACUCCACUAUUAGGGCAAUCUCGUUAGAAUUUGAUGGCGGUUUGGCUGUGAGGGAUCCCCAGGAUAUCGACUUGAUCUGUAAGGAGCUGCUCUAUAACAGCGAGGAAAACGAGUUUGAGGCGGUGCGCUGUAAAGCGGCGAUUUGGAUGUACAAGGAUGGCGUAUACUCAUUAUUGCAACUACAAAGCAUUGGGGAUAUCUUUGAUGUACGAACAAUGGAAGGUCACACGGUGCCGUUUGGUUGCUCCCGUGUGCUGGUGCUUGGAAGGAAUUUGGAUGCGGAAAAAUUGCGGCAGAUAUUUUUGACGCAUUUGAAAGCGACAAAAUGACCCUUCGGAUUGAGUAGUGAAAAUGCCGGGCACCUGUGGCAUUUCAAGAAAAGGUCUUUAUAUUCCUGCUAAAGUUGCGCAAGUGUGGGGUGUAUUGUUUCAUGAAGAGAUCCUCAGCUGGUUUCCACUCUACAAAUCGGCUAUAUUUUAAAGUAAGUAUGAAUGAUCUUCCUAGAAUAAUGA